AUGAAUGAAGAGUUGAUUGGCAGUGCCGUUAGUUUCCUAAAGGAUCCUAAUGUAGGCUCAUCUCCACUAACUAAAAAAAUCGAGUUUUUGGAAUCCAAGGGAUUGUCUCAGCAGGAAAUUGAAGAAGCCUUGAGAAGGGCUAAUGGGGAAGCAUCCGACUCCAACGCAGUAAGCAACGCUAGUAGUCAUCAUAAUAGUAAUAGUGCGGGAAAUAGUAGCAGUGUCGCGCCAAACAAUUCAAAUGUGAGGGCUGCCUCGUAUGUUCCGCCGAUCGAUUACUACAAUGUUCAACCACAAGUUCCUGAGCGUUCUUGGAAGGACUAUUUCAUUAUGGCCACUGCCACCGCUGGUGUAACUUAUGGAGUAUACCAGGUACUCUCAAGAUAUCUUAUACCAUCGAUCUUGCCGCCCACGCAGUCCUCUAUAGAGCAGGAUAAGGCUAAGAUUGAUGAAGAAUUCACCAAGAUUGAUAAGCUAUUGGAACAGUUGGCUGAGGACCAAUCUGAGAUGAAGAAGUCAAAUACAGAGAAACUAGGAGAAAUUGAUACUGUGAUCAAUAACGUCAAUGACUUCUUAUCCAAGUAUAACAAGGACAAGUUAAGUUUUGACGAUGACUUGAGGUUGAUGAAAUUGGAGAUUGACAACUUGAGAAACAGCGUCGAGAAGAACAUGAGUAACACCAAGGAGAACAUCAAGGAUGAAUUGCUGGACAUUAACGCCGAAUUGGUUUCAUUAAAGCUGUUGAUUAUCUCCAAGAAUGCUAUGAAUACCGAGACUUCUAAUCGUAAAUUAGCACCGGUUUCUUCUAUUCCAUCUGCAAGUGAAAUCUUAAAAAAGGCAAAGGAAAAGCAGGCGGCUGAUUCAGCAAGCAAGGAGGUAUCAUCAGUGCUGCCACCUCAGCUGCAGCCACAGACCUUCCCUGGUAGAAGUCUGAAUGUAACGAAAGGAAAUAUAUUUGCAGCAGGUAUUCCGGAAUGGCAAAUGAAGAAGAAGUUGGAAGAUGAAGCCAGAGAGAGGGCCAAAGAAGAAGCAGAGGAGGAAGAAAGAUUGAAGCUCAAGAAGAAGGAAGAGGAGAACGAGCAAGUCAAGAGAGACGCAGGUACUCCAGUGCCCUCAGCUACUUUACCAGGUUCAUCGGGCAUUCCUUCGUGGCAACAACAAGGAGUGCCACUUUCUUCCAGCCAAUCCCCAGUUCAAGCUGAAGCAGAGGCAGAAGCCAGUAAUCCAGUUGCCACACCAUGGCAAUCAGCCGCUUCCAGUGGCAGGGCAGGCGGAAACCAAGAAGAGGUUGAGGCGGCCAUUGCAAACGUUGGGGUUCCAUCGUGGCAACUCAAUGCAAAUGCUUAA